AUGGAGAUAGCCGUGAAAAGAACCCUCGCACAACCCGCACUCCGAAAUCUGUGUAACAAAGAAAAAUCACACUACCUGAAUUACGAGGCCAGAGUGGCUCAGCUGCCUUGGAAGAAGGAACGCGUACAGUCCCCGUGUCAUAGAUGGGGCCAUGCCGCUCUGAAACUGCUAAAUCCGACGUCAGAUCUUCAUAUAUGGUUCUCCAAUAUUCCACUCUGCCAUGCUCGUUCCAAAGGGUCUGUGACGGUGAACAUCUGUGGACUGCUGAUAGCUAUGAGUCUCUUGACCUUUUUCUUGAUCUUUUCCCAGGUCUGCUCUUUUUAUUCUGUGCAAGCGUUAUCUGUCGCUAGAGAUACCAUUGAUCGAUCAUCAACGAUUGAGAAAUUGGACUUUUCUCAAAGUCCACAUACUCUCGACUCGGCAUCGUCAUUUCAGGUCGGAUUUGAGGUUCCUUAUGAACGUCAACGAAUCACACUGAAUCUACAGCCUUCCAGAAAUGUUGUAUCGCGUCUCACUACCGUUCAACACCUUAAUUCCACAGACAAACAUGGUGUCAUCACGGAUAUUCAGAGUCAACGCCCGUUACUAUAUAAGGGCGCAGCCUUUGUAAAUGACAUCGAGAAACAGACACAGAGAAGAGUAGGAUGGGCACGAGUAAUGGUGCGAUAUCGCCAAGGCCGACACGUCAUUGAAGGCACUUUCACCAACGAUGGUACUUAUCAUCAUAUUUCGCUGGAUUCGAAUUACCGCCAGGCGCGACAAAUUCAGGACGGACAACUCGAAAAGAGAUCUGGGCGGAUGGUAGUAUGGAAACAAACUAUGGACGAAAGCGACGGAGCUCUUUCGCAAAGAUCAUCCUCAGAUGAGCCGACAUGCCAGGCGCACAGGUACAAUGAUCGACGCCGCCAGACUUCCGAUGACCAGGCUACCCACCAUCCUCUACUAGCACGACAAGACGUCAACGACUGGUUCGAUCCCAGAGAUGUGAUUGGGUCUACAGAAGGAUGUCCAAACUCACGAAGAGUCGCCUUGAUAGGUAUCGCAGCCGACUGUUCGUACACAGCAGAAUUCGACAACAUGCAAGAUGCUCGGGACAACAUCAUUGCCCAAGUGAACACCGCAUCUCAAGUCUAUGAAGACACUUUCAACAUCGCACUCGCCAUUCAGAAUUUGACCAUUAGCGACCCAUCUUGUCCCUCUGACGCACCACGAUCAAUGCCCUGGAACCUUCCCUGCACAGCAAACGUCGACAUAAACGACCGCCUAAACUUAUUUACACAAUGGAGGGGCAGACUGCGCGAUGAUAACGCUGUCUGGUCGCUUUUCAGCGCCUGCCGAAGUGGUUCAACUGUUGGCAUCGCCUGGAUUGGAAGUUUGUGUAAUAGAUCACGAGGAUCUUCAUGGGGUCGCGGCGGUACAGCCUCUGCGAAUGUUGUUGUCCGCACAGCUUCGGAAUGGCAGGUCUUUGCGCAUGAGCUGGCGCAUAACCUUGGAGCUUCUCAUGAUUGUACAUCAGGCGAUUGCGGGACAUCAGGAUACUCUCCUUCCGAUGAUUGCUGUCCCCGAAGCGAGACAACCUGCGAUGCUCGGAACCAGUACAUCAUGAACCCCCAAAGCUCUCCUGGUCUGGAGGAGUUCUCGCCGUGCACUAUUGGCACUAUCUGCACAGGCAUUGGCGAGGAACACGUUGAUACGAGUUGCCUUGUCAGUGAGGACGAGGUGCCCGAUGUCAACGACAGUCAAUGCGGCAAUGGCAUCGUCGAACCUGGCGAGUCAUGCGACUGUGGUGGUGAAGACCGAUGCCCUGCAGAUUCCUGCUGCAACCCCUCGACCUGCCAACUACGCAGCGGCGCAGAGUGCGAUCCACUCACGGAUGGAUGCUGCACUGACGAAUGCCGAGUCGCUUCAAGUGGCUUAGUCUGCCGCGAAAGUACAUCCUCUUGCGAUCCUGAAGAGACGUGCAACGGAAGUUCAAGUCAAUGCCCUGUUGACGUACAGAACUGCGACGACGAUGGAGAUUCAGGUAGUAGAGGAGGAGGAGGAUCCUCAGGAAGUUGGUUUGACAGAAACAGAACAGCUGUCAUUGCAACAGCGGCUUCAGUUGGUGGAGUUAUUCUGAUCUUGGUGCUUUGCGUGAUAUUCUCUUGUAUCAGGAAGAGGAGAAGAAGGCAGAGAGGAACGCAACUACAGAGCGGAAAUAUUAGUGACGGAUCAAAUGCACCAGCUCUUGAGCAUACGACGGGUGUUACGCAAAUGCCGAGUGCGCCGCGGUUGGUUCAUAGAUAUGCAUAG